AUGGCCCAGCAGAAACUGAAGAAAUCCGCGCAAACUGAGCCAUCUAGAGAAUGGAAUAUAUUCCGUACGUGGUCGUUUUGGAUUUCCUCGUCGUUUAUUUUGACGUUGAAAACUCUCGUUGUGCCCAUGUACCACAGCACAGAUUUUGAGGUACAUCGUAAUUGGAUGGCAAUAACGCAUAAUUUACCGAUGAAAGUGUGGUAUUACGAAAACACCUCGGAAUGGACCCUUGAUUAUCCACCUUUAUUUGCGUAUUUCGAAUUGUUGUUGGGCAUGGUGAGUGUCUUUCAAGUGGCCAAUCGUGUCGUACCAUCUGCAUUAAUCAUUCAGAAAGAGGCAUAUUUCUCCAAAGAGCUACUCUAUUUUCAUCGAUUCAGUGUCAUUGUUUGUGAUCUAUUUUAUAUAAUUUCAUGUGGUUUUCUCGCGAAUACAAUGCAUUCGAUACGCUUCAAAGGUGAUCGUUCGAAACACUGUGCAAUGGGGUUAUUCCUGUUGUUGAUCGCGAAUAUCACGUUGAUUUUGAUUGAUAAUAUUCACUUUCAAUACAAUUCAUUGCUGACAACAGUUCUUCUACUUUCAAUCAGUUUGGCUCUUCAAGAACGCUUUCUCUUGGCGGCUUUUAUGUAUUGCAUAUUGUUGAAUAUGAAACAUAUCUAUUUGUAUUAUGCAUUUGCAUAUGUGUUAAUCUAUUCGUUUGCUUAUCUUUUGAAGACACUUGAUCGGUCAGUUAUUUCGCGAUGUGCGAAAUUAGCAUUCUCGAUGUGCAUACCAUUUUUAGUUUCAUUUGGUCAGUUUUCAGUUAUUUUAUUGGUCGGUGUCUUUUUUGUGAUUAUGCGACAGAUAUGGAUAAGGAAACUGAUAACUUUAGGGCCAUUCUUAUGGCUUGGUGGCAUAGAAUUGUGCUCGCAAAUUAUCUCAAGAUUGUUCCCGUUCCAACGUGGUUUGACACAUGCCUAUUGGGCACCGAAUUUGUGGGCAUUGUAUAAUUUCAUUGAUUUAAUUCUUUAUAAUUUAUUGAAACGAUUCAGUAAAUUAUCGCCUGCGAUCAAUCCUCCACUAUACACAUCAGGCCUUGUUCAGGAAUAUCCGCAUAGUGUAUUACCGUCGAUAAAUGCUCACAUAACCCUUGUCGUGAUAUUAUGCUUGUUAAGUCCAUCGAUAUGUAUUCUAAUGAAGCAACGACGACGAUUUCGUGAUCCAAACACUUUCAUUUUGCUGCUAACACACUCAGCAUUUGCAUUCUUCUUGGCUGGUUAUCAUGUUCACGAGAAAGCCGUCCUAUUGAUCACCAUACCAUACACAAUCCUCGCUGUUUUGGAUCAUCGUUUUCUUCCAUCAUUCAUUGUGCUGUCAACAAUCGCGAAUAUUUCAAUAUUCCCACUUUUCUUCACUCCAUUCGAGAGUAUUCUGAAAGUCACUCUGAUGAUCUUUUAUCAUUUAUUUGCAAUUUGUGUAGCAAAUUAUUGCUGUAAAGUGAAAGCAGCAGCGUCGUCAAUGAUGAAUAUAUGGCAAAAGCUCUACCUGGUGUUCGUAUUUGUCAUUCAGUGCUACUGUCUUCUCUUGCAUAAUCUCAUACUGGGAUCACGUUUCGAAUAUAUUCCGUUGAUGUUAACAUCGGUUUCUGUGGCGAUUGGGAUUGUUUUCGUAUUUGUGGAUUUCUUAUGGAAAGGGUAUUGCUCCAUUGAUCCAUCGUUACAUUGCAAAUGUUUGACAUUUAAAGAGAAGAUGAAGAGCUCAUAA